CAGUCGUCUCUUCGAACGUAGCCGCUUGUGUGGUUGCGCGAAGCUGUAUGGCCUUGACCGGCAUCCAUCACCUAUCACCGCCAACAUUAUGGCUGCCUCUACAGCAGUCUCCAUGACCGGAACUGGACUUCACAAGCUAAGACGCACCCUCGGAGUCCUUCUCUCAGGCGUGGCAAGAGCUUUCCCUCGAUCUCUGCGGCCAACACAUAACAAAGAAGCUCACGAACUCCAUUCAACUGCCUACUUGGACGCCCUUCGAGGAUACGCUGCUUGGGUAGUGUACAACAGCCACACAGUAUCCUCGGGAUGGCGAUCCGAAGGGAGAGCUUUCAUGCAAUUGGCCAUUUUCCAGGUCCUUUACAAAGGUCACCCUAUGGUCCACGUCUUCUUCGUCAUCUCUGGUUUCGCCUUGAGCUAUACGAUGCUGCGUAACAUGCACCGAAAUCAACCUGACAAGAUACUCGACUCUCUUGCUUCUUCCAUCGUCCGUCGCCAUGUCCGGCUGUAUCUUCCCACCAUCUUUGCCACCUUCAUUGCGAUGGUAUGCUUCUCAACCGGCAUCGCGAAGAAAACUGAAGCGCCGGGUGUGUUGGAAUCGACAUAUCUCGGGAACCUCUGGCACUGGAUCUGCGAGACCAUGCGAUUAAUCGACCCGUUUCCCCAUGUCACGACCCAUUGGAAAGUUGAGGCACAAGGCGGACACUAUCUUCCUCAGCUAUGGACCAUUCCUGUCGAAUUUCGAGGCAGCAUGUUCUUAUUCCUCUUUUGUGCGGCAGUUUGCAAAAUGAAUGCACGGAAGCGGGGGUAUGUGACACUGGCGACAAGCGUGGCAUGCUUUUGGUAUCAGACUGCUUACGCUGGACUGUUCUUAUUCGGCAUGUGGCUGGCAGACCGUCAACUGGGUCGGGCGGAACACGAGCAGGCCAAGUUGACAACUUUGACAACGUGUGUACCGGAUGCAGACGACUCUGCUUUUUCUAGAAAGCUUGAACAUGAUUUGUCUGAGGUCGAGGAAGCUGGGAUCCAGGUCGUCACGGGAGAAUCGAAGUGGUCUGACUGGACUCACUUUCUCCGAAAUGAAGGGAGGAACCCCUCGGCUCUGCCGACAAAAUUCAAGUUUCUUCGGCAAUUGCCUUACAUGAUUCUGGCCUACCUUGGUAUUAUUUUCCUGGCUGCUCCUGACAUCAUCACCACGGACAUGCGGUUUCCAUACAACAUUGGAGCUAUGCUCAUGCCACCCACAUACAAAGAUUCAUGGGCGGCCAAGAACGAUUGGCCACAGGCUAUUGGGGCACUGUUCUUGUGCUAUGCCUUGGAGCAUUCAUCGCUGCUCCGGCGACCGCUCGAGACGCCGUUCUCUCAAUUCAUUGGGGAACUCUCCUUUGGCAUAUAUGCAAUGCACAAUACUGUGCGGUGGAUCGUCUGGGAGCAGUAUUUUGAGCCAUGGACAGUGAGAACCUUUGGCGAGACACGUAGAGACAUUUGGCUCAUUCUACCCGGCUACUUUGCUAUGACAUUCCUCGUCAUUUGGGCAGCAGAGGGCUUCCGAAGAGUCGAUAUGAGGUGCGUUGAUCUGGCAAGACGGAUGAAAGAUCAUCUUUUUGCAGACUAGUAAGCGGUGGAACACCAGCAACACGUUAGGUAGAAGACCAUAGAU